CCUCAACUCUUCAUUCUCUUCAUUCUCCUCAUUCUCCUCAUUCUCCUCAUUCUCCUCAUUCCUCUCCUCUCUUUGAUCACGAUCUUGAAAAAAAAAAGAAGCGUACCCGUAAAGAAUGGCAUCCCAACUACACGUCCUGAUUGUCGGAGCUGGUGUGGGCGGAUUAAUGCUCGCGGUGCUCCUGGAACAGGCCCACAUUUCAUACGAAAUCUUUGAGAAGGCGAAAGAAUUGAAGCCAUUAGGCUCUGCAUUAUCUCUCCAUAACAGCCUGAUGGUCAUAUUCGAGCAACUGGACAUGUAUCAAGACAUUCUCGGUAUCAGCAAGCCCUUUGGAGCCCUGCACUUUCUCAAGGAGGAUAUGUCUGUGACUGGAAGUCUUCUGGCACGGCGGCCAGGUGUGGACUGUGCAGAACACUACGGGGACUACAACCGUGUCGUCGGACGCCCGGAUCUGAUCAGCCUACUCCUUAAAAGGGUCCCACCCCAUAAGCUCCACUACAACAAGCGUGUCCUGACAACAAAGCAGGACGAAAACGAGGUCAUUCUGCAGUGCUCAGACAGCACCAGCUACGCGGGCAGUAUUCUCGUCGGCGCUGAUGGUGCCUACAGCAGUGUCCGGCAGAAUCUUUACAAGAAGCUCGCCAUGGUCGGAGCCUUACCCAAGGAUGAUGCGAAGCCCCUCGGCUAUUCCUAUGACUGCGUGGUUGGCAUUUCUGAUCGUUUGGAUCCCAAUAUAUAUCCCGUAGUCCUAGAAGAGUACUGCGAAUUCCAGGCGGUCCUCGCUAACGACAGUCCAUAUACGUGGUGGUUCAUGCCUUUGGUAGGCAAUAAGAUCUCGUGGAUGGUUACUCAUGACGUGCGGAAGCAUGGCACGGAUGAGGACAGAAACUUCAGAUUCUCAGAAUGGAGUCCAAUUGCAGCUAUGGAGAUGUGUCAACAGGUGCGCCACCUGCCUUGCCCAUACGGCGGUACAGUCGGGGACAUCAUCGACCACACAUCCGCCGACUUGAUAUCAAAAGUCAUGCUGGAAGAUAAAUUUUUUUCAACUUGGUACUCGGGUCGAACAGUUCUUCUUGGCGAUGCAUGUCAUAAGAUGGUGCCAUUCGGAGGACAGGGAGCGAACAUGGCAAUUUUAGGAGCACUUCACCUCACGAACCUGCUUUAUGACAUGUAUUCGGUCUCGCAGGAUGAGAUCACGCAAGUGUUCAGAAAAUACUAUGACAUGCGAUGGAAGCCCGCCAAGACUUCAGUGGAUGGGUCCAAAAAGACUGGGAUACUACUUCACAAGAAGGGAGUUGUGGCGGACUCUGUACGGUUUAUGUUCUUGAACUGGAUUCCAAAUUGGGCAAUCAAACUGGGAGGCGACAAAUUAAACGCACGGCGGGACCAAAUCAGCUUCUUACCCUAUGUUAAGUUACGCGGAUCAUAUUCCGGCAGUCAAGUAAACCCACCAUCGCGGAGGAUUGUCCACAAAGCAUACAACGCACGUGCCGUUUGAAUUCUUGAAGAGUUGGACUUUAGGACUUUUACCGGCGUGGCGGACCAGGGCUUAAAGCUACGAUAAAAUCGAUAUAUCCUUAUAUAAUAAGCAUUGGCAUCGACGGAAGCAGGGCUCAUUGCUGGGUCUUGAAUAAAAAUACGAAAACUAGUCUUCUCUAUUGAUACAUUCUCACAGGGACGUAUAACGUUGUAGUCAGCCAGAGAGGACACGGACGGAAUAGAUGGUUAUUUUGUUUGCUGCAAGGUGCAGGCUAGGAGCAUUCCUCUGCUAAUUAUACUUAUCAAGGGUCAAAGUACGCAAAGGGAGGAUGGAUCAGCGGAUUUGAGAGGGCUCAGUACUGAGAAAGAAUGCACGCCUAUGAGAGCCUUGUGAAGCCAUCAGCAAAGUAAACAGUGCGUGGGCCGGUCGUUGUUCCUCCGUUCACAUAUAUCCAUUCUAGACGACCUAUUCUCA